UGUCUUUUAAUGUAUUAUUAAUAUAUUUGUUAAUAUAACAUUAUUAAUGGAGUAUUAAUGUCAACAUGUUGGGUUGUGGAGCCUAGACCCACGUGAUCUGAGUAUCUUGCAUUCUCUUGCAGUCCAGGCCCACCCGCCUAGACGAUGGUGCCCUGUGCCAUGUGCGAGGUCCUUGAACCCUUGUCACAAUCAGCACAGGAUCCAAGAGUACAGUCUCAUCAUUGUCCUUCAAUGUUAUAUAAUGUGUUUCCUUGUGUAUUUGACAAUAAGUCACAUCAUGCCAGACUUCCCUGAAUGAAAAUGUCAUUGACAAAAUGUAACAGUGUCAAUCAAAGUCCUGGACUGAAUGCCAAACAGGACACUCUUACAAGUAAACAAGCUUCGACCCACGAAGGGAAACAGAUGGAAAGUGUUUUAGUUGAUAUCCUCUGUAACGACUGAAAUUCGGAUCAUUUCUCAAGAAGCUGGAAACUGAGACAUAGAAAAAUGAAGAUUCUUCUGUUAACUGCUGUCCUCGGCUUUGUUGGCACAGAAGAGCCUUUAGAAAAAUUUCGUACUCUCUACAUAGCAGCUGAUAAUUUAAAACUAAUACAGGAGAAUGGCCCACUAAGAAUUUACAUACGUCAUAUUCUACCGCACAAUAAUUAUGCUGAAGUUGACAUCACAUUUUAUAUCAGGCAACAGGAUGGAUGCCAACUCUACACACUUCUGCUUCACAAAUUUUUUACUUCCAUCGUAAGCCCAUCAGAAACAUGGAGACCAUUGCAGAGCCAAAGCCAGGGUGAAGAUGCUUAUGUGACAGCAUUCACGAUGUUCCCUGAUAAGUUCUCUACUCUCCCAAAAAACUGGGCUCAGAGAGGAAAAAGUGUAACCAGAG